AUGGACCCAAAUAGCCAAAAGAUACAAUCUGUCCAGGCCCGCUUGGCAAAGGUUCAUCCCCCAACAGCCUGUCGAACUGUCCCGGAUUCCGAUCUGGCCUGUUUGAUGGUUCACGCGUCGCACGACGAACCAGCAAUUUACGUGAAUCAGUCGGUACCAUGAUCGUUCCUUGCGCGAUCAACCGUUUAACAUCAUCAAUAUCCACCCCUUCAGGUAUAUCUUUUCCCACUAUCUUACGUACUUCAACCUCAUAUGCAAUUAGCUGGAGUGCUGUCUUUGCUGUCAGGUCUUUGUUUUGCGCUUCGACCCAAUCACUAGCCGUCUUUUCACAUAACCGUUCUCCAAAUUCUUUGUCUUCCUUGCUGUUCCAACCCUCGAAUUGGGACCCUUGCAAUCGAAGC